AUAUGAUAUUUAUCGUAUAAUUAUUUGCUUUUUAUAUACAUACGUAAACAAUAUGUACAACAAUUGUUAUUGAAAUAUGUGAUUUGUGCUGUCAUACGUCAUCGUAUUAUCGUCAUUUGGAUAUACAUACCUACUGCGAUAUACAUAUAUCGUAAUACCCUAUUAUUUUGGAUUACAUUUUUUUGUCACAUCAAAAGUGAUCGUGGGACCGAUUUCACUUCACGAUUGCACAGACAUGGACGACCACGAGAUCCAGUCGACCGUCGAGUCGAUCCUUGGACCCGGCGUGAAGGUCGUUGACUGUGAAAAGAAGUCCUGCGUUAGAGAGGAGGAGGUUCUCCUCAUAAACGGGGUCCCCAUUGCCCUCGAAGGACCCGACGGAAUUGCCAUCAGGGAGGCCAUGGUCACCGGACAAGUUCCACCCUGUGAUCUUCUUAAUCAGAUACUCGUCAGAGCUGGGAUACUGAGGGCGCCGGUGCGUCUCGAGACAUCGCUCAGCGUUAAAUCGUCGGUUGUUACCAAAGAAGAAGUGACGGUGGCCAGAGGCGGAAAAAUCGUUGACGAACGAAGCCGAGAGACGAAAGAGAACAACUUUUAUACGUCGUCGACGAGCGAGAUAUGGGAACCGGUUGGAAUUAUUCAUAACCAUCGGAAUCUCAAGCCCUUUGAUAGCUCCGACGAAUCGAGACCCAAUUCUAACGCCAGCUCCGAUCAAGGAUAUACGACUAACACGAGCAGCAGUCAUGUGCUCAGGGAACGAGGCGGCGCUUUGCCGGGAUGCCCGAUAUGCGAGGACUCUGAUCCUGACUGCAGGCGACACUGUAUUCGAGGACUCGGACUCACCGGUUCCAACACGUCGAAGGUACCCGGCGUCCAAACGACCACCUCAGCGACGGAAAAGAAGGGCUCGCAGAGAGUGUAUCCUGCAUUCGAUUACGAAAGCUCUGACCGAACGCGGGAGAAGCAGUUAUCUUCUCAAAGUUGGUGCAGUCGGUAACCGCGAUACCUUGACUCGAUUGUCGGUAACCUUAAUCCAGCCGAGGGCUUUGCUGGAUCCUGCAGCGUCCCGAAAUUGUUCAAGAAAACUGGGUACAGAUAGGAUUAUCUCCUUUUGGUACCUUCAUCGAUCCUCCAGAAUAUACCAUUUGUAGAUAAAAAUUUGUCUUUGGGAAUUUCAGUGCUUUGCGAGAAGUAAAUUUGAAGUGAUAUUAGUUUGAAUAUCGUUUUCUUCUUUUUCGUUUCAU